UACAAGGUACAUACAUCAUUGGUAUAUGCAUUGAUGUUCUAGAUCGCGGGUUGAGCUGAUUAUCCCACGAGGAGAUAGCGCUCCUGCCAGUAUAUUGAAUACAUUUGGCAGUAGGUAGCUGUCUUGACGCAGAUGGGAACCCGGUGGCUUGGGUCCUGCCUUCCUUGGACAAGAAAUCUAACAAAUUCUAAAUCACAAUUGAAUAUUUCCACUUGCAUCAUCGCCCUCGCUCUCUUACCUUCUUUCCACACUCUCUUCCACCCACCCCCCUUCUCAACUCCCAACAACUUGACCUACAUCUAAUCGAAGUAUACCCUUCUGUUAACUUCAACACUCGUCUAAUUCGCCACCAACACCACGAACCCACCCCCAUCAUGAUGUUCAUCGCAUUGAUCACCUUUGUCCUUGCGCUUGCCCACAAAGCAUCCGCCCAUUUCAAGAUCAACUACCCGGCCUGGCGUAGUGACACCUUCAAUGAAGCUCUCAACUACUCCCAGUGGACGUAUCCCUGCGGCGGCGUUCCCGAUGGCGUCGGCAACCGAACCGAGUGGCCCAUCACCGAUGGUGCUGUCCAGCUCACCCUCCAUCAUCCAUGGACCUAUCUCUUCGUCAACGUUGGCCUUGGCUCCUCUGUCACCAACUUCAACAUGUCCUUCACGCCUGACCUGAUGAACGUCACUGGCCAAGGCGGAUUCUGUCUUCCGUCGCUCUCCGUCCCCAUGAAGGUUAGCGACGGCACUAAUGCCACCAUUCAAGUUGUUACCAGUGGUGAUUCUGGUUCUGCUUUGUAUAACUGUGCUGACAUCGUCUUUCGAUCUUCUGCAAAAGUUCCGGCUGGCGUGUGCAAGAACGACACGGGCAUGUCAGCCGUCAUUGUUGGCCAUUCGUCGGCUGCAGCCUCUAAUCCAUCAGCCACGGCGGCUUGCCCGUCCUCCACCUCUACCCAUAAUUCGGCGACGGGAAUAGCCGUAGAAGGAAUUGUACUGGCAACUAUGCUCGGUCUAGCCUGUGUCUUUGCCACCAGUGUAGUCUGAUAAAAGGAGAUAUUUGCCUUCCGAGAGAAAUUGGCAGUUAGACGAGAUGCAACAACGAACUUGUGCAAGAUGCUAUUGGCCAUAUAAUUAUGUAAAGCACCCCUGGGCGUAAAGCUUGGAGGAUGGAUAUGGCUACACCGAUGUAAUGUCACAUUAGUUUGCAAGUUGCGCGAAUGCGAUGGCACUAAUAAAAAAAGGGAUAUGUGUUGCAACUUACUGUCUUGGCUUAAUCUAAGGUGA